ACCACUUCUUCUGCUUCCCUUCGUCCUUACCAAAUUGAACAAGAGAAAUGGAUGACCAAAUAUCGAGAUACGAAAAAGCGUUAACGAAGAUCCACAGCCUCACCUCCAAUGACAAAGCGCCGCAGCCUUUUCAUUUCGAUCCCAACCUGUUUCCUCACGUCCAAGAUGCGAAAGAACAAGGAGAUAUACUGCAAGAAAAGUCACGUCUACAUAACGAAUGUCGAAGCUAUCUUGUUGCACUACCUUCUCUAAAAAUCAGAGGCACUUUCCACGUCGUCUCUAUCUUUCAUUUCUAUUCGUCUGAUGUACACAUCAAAUACGGUGACUGCUAUCCCGAAGGCUAUGAUGAUCCCCACAACAAGAUUCUCUGGAAGGAUGAAGCUCUUGCCCACGCUGACAAAUACGCGGUGAAUUGGCAGCCAACGUCAUGGGCAGCUUUUGGAGUCGUCUACUUGGUGGGUGAUGACGGCCUGCCUCUCAAUCAACAUGUAUUUGUUGGUCAGACUGUUGAACCACAAAAUGUGGCAUCUGUGGAAGACUGGGAUACCGCUGUGGUUCAUGUCGGCACAACUGCGAUCGAAGGAAAGGAAAUACAAGCACGUGCACCGAGUCGGGUCCAAUAUGCGUGCUUCGCAUGUUCCAAAUGUGCCGGGCCCAUCAAUGAUCAAGUAUGCGACAUCUGCCACCACCGCUUCCCCUAUCCUCAACACAGCUGCCCACGCCAGCCACUACCUCCGAAGAUUUCGAAAGCUUUUGCCGAGUUGGGCUGGGCCUGGGCCGUGCGUACGCAAUACCAUUACUCCGGACCCCUUCGCAAGAAUCACACAGAAUACGUGUAUGCGGUGUUGCAAUACAAAUAUUGCAGGAGUCCCGAGGCAGGUGCAGAACUCGUACAUCAAUUCGUCUUUCGAGAUGAUACCCGUGGAGCUUAUCAUGUUGUCGCCGAAGUUGUUGCGAAUCUAGUUGAGGAAGGGCUUCUUGGAUCAUUUUCAGAUAUUGAAAUGAAGCGGAGAAUCUUGUGGACUGCACUCUAUCUGAAGCUAUCUGAGUUACAUACAGAUUCAGAUGUACCUGGGUUUUCUCUCUAUCUGAAUCGGCUGGUGAGAACCGAGCAAUGCGACAUCAACUUUUCGGCCACGGACAACUUGGCCAUUUCAAGGGAGCUGUUGCGUGCAUAUGGUGGAGGCAGCAGCAAGACCGCAGUGCGCACGAUGGAUUCCUUCAGACGUACCGAUCGACCUCUACAGAGUUUUCUCCAACAGCUGGUUGUCGAGAUUACCCCAGCAGAGAUUAAUAAGAUAUAUAAUACUCAAGAGACGGGUUCAAGCUACGACACCCUACUGUCGGCAGCUGUUCGGCUUGCGGGUUUGGACGAGCUGGAUGGACUUGUCACAAGCUUAUGUGAGAAAGGAGCAUAUCCAGAUCUCUCGUGGCCUGGUAUGAGCCCACCCAUUCAGCACACUAUCCUUCGCGACUCAAUUUCCACCGCUCAAAGACUUGUUACACAUGGGGCAAGCUUGAUGUUGCCUAUUUACGGUGACUAUGUGACAUAUCCACUCCAUCUGGCCGCCGAACUGGGACGCCAUCAUUUUGUCAAGUUCUUCCUGACCGAGUCAAAGGUCAGAAGUAUGGUAGACAGACUCGAUGGAAAUGGAGAGACCGCUCUCAUUACAGCAAUCAAAUCAUGGCCGUCGGCAGAUGCAACUCGCAAAGAUGAUUACCUGAUGGUCAUCCGUCACCUUCUUGACGCCGGUGCUGAUCCCGACGUUGCCCUAUCAGAAGCGCAAUUCGACCCAGCAUUGUUUAAAUUACUCUGCGACUAUAACCCAAAGGCUGAGACGUGUACAGCUACUUUGGAAAAGCUACUCUGCCAAUAUACUGACAAUGUUGACGACCUUCGAGCUAUUAUCUCGCUUUUGUGCGGAUGUGGGGCCAAACUGCCAGUCUCUUGGCCGGCUGAACCACGCUUCUCUUGGGUCGAGCAGUUGUUGAGCGAACAGGACGAGGAGGCACUCCGAUCUGGCUGUGAUGACCUAAGGUCUCAGUUACCGGGAUUACGCAGUCAUACUAUUUGGCCUUAUUCAAACGUGCCACGACAAGUUCUGGACUACAUAAAGCGUCCAGAAACACUCACAACCAUUGAGUCUCUUUUCAACAAUUGGAAAGACUCAGGUUCGCGAGUUGUAGCGUUAGCGGCUGUAGGGGGUCAAGGCAAAAGUCAACUUGCCAUUUCCUACUGUUCAAAAUGGCGGAAAUCAUACCAAGGUUUUCUCUGGAUUGAUGCGAGCUCGAGAACUUCUGCGGAAUCGUCGGUAUCCCGUAUUGUGGCCGAAAUCGAUCAAUCUAUAUCAAAGAGGCUAUCAAAUCAUCACCAACGUGUUCACUUUAUUCAGAACACUUUCGAAGAUUUGAAAAGGCCGUGGAUGCUAGUGCUGGAUCAUUGGGAAGACAUUGAAGCUGUUGAUCUAGGAUUGCUCGAAGGUAA